AUGGCACACCCCUCCCAAUUAGGAUUUCAAGAUGCAGCAUCUCCAGUAAUAGAAGAACUCUUACAUUUUCAUGACCAUACCCUAAUAAUYGUCUUUUUAAUUAGCACACUCGUACYUUAUAUUAUURCAGUUAUGGUUUCAACUAAACUUACAAAUAAAUUUAUUUUAGACUCUCAAGGAAUUGAAAUUGUUUGAACAAUUUUACCUGCUAUUAUUUUAAUCUCRAUUGCCUUACCCUCAUUACGUAUUUUAUAUUUAAUAGAYGARAUUAUUAAUCCCCACUUAACAAUCAAAGCUGUCGGYCAUCAAUGAUACUGAAGCUACGAAUAUACUGAUUACGAAAAUCUAGAAUUUGAUUCUUAUAUAAUUCAAACACAAGACCUCUCUCCUGGUCAAUUCCGYCUUCUAGAAACRGAUCAUCGUAUAGUAAUCCCAAUAGAAUCUCCAAUUCGAAUUCUAGUCUCAGCAGAUGAUGUUCUACACUCCUGRACAGUACCAGCCYURGGUGUUAAAAUAGACGCUGUUCCUGGUCGCCUUAAUCAAACUGCCUUCCUUGUAACUCGACCYGGGGUAUUCUAUGGACAAUGUUCAGAAAUCUGUGGUGCCAAUCACAGUUUUAUACCUAUUGUAGUUGAAGCAGUACCCUUACAGCACUUUGAAAACUGAUCUCUAUUAACAUUAGAAGAAAACU